CGGACCCGCCUCAUCUGCGCAGGGUUCGGUCGCCCCGCUGCGUAUCCCGCGGGUUUAAGUCGGGAGCAGGAGUGUACCGGGAGGUUGGCUGAUGGAAUCUCCCGCGGCCGAGGGAAGGCGGCCUGUUCCCGGCGUAUUCCCGCUGCCCCGGGAAGUUAAAUCUCUCCAAAUUCCAUCAGAGCUAGUGACGAGUUACAGGUUCCAGACGUGGAAGCGGCCGAAGAGGUUGGGUUGUUUUUUCCUCCCUUUUCUCGAGGCCUUUCUCCUCUGCAUCCCAAAGGGAUAAAAUCAGAUAAACAUCUGGCUAAAUCAGCACUGCCACUCCUCAAACCGGCGCUGGGAUUCGAUGUUCCUACCGGGAUUAACCCCAUCCCAGCAUCCCGCUGCCGGUCCCACCGACCCCGGGUUUCCUGCACCGUGACAUCCCUCGUCCCCGCCGACUCUCGCAGACCUUCCCGCUCUGUUCCCGGCAGGAAGGACCAGCCGGUGCCCUGUGCCGCUGGCAGAGGAGCCGCUUUGCCGGCUGAGGCUGCGGAGCCAGGUGCAGCGCCCAGAGGUGUGCGUGGCCCCGGCCCCGCCAGCUGUGCAACAUCUGCCGCAUCACGGCGUCACAGAACGGUUUGGGUUGGAAGGGACUUCACAGCUCAUCCCAUUCCCACCCCCUGCCAUGGGCAGGGACACCUUCCACUAGACCAGAUUGCUCCAAGCCCAGUCCAAGCUGGCCUUGAACGCUUCCAGGCAUGCUACAUUGCUGCUGCAGAGCCCAGGCUCUUCCUGGCCACCCCUUCCACAUAUUGAUGAGUUUAUUAAGGGAUUAAAAGUUAGUUUCCCCUCCUUAUUGAAUGCUCUGAUUUAUGCAUGCGUUUAAAUCAAUCCCAUUUCCUGCGUUUUAUCCUUUCUCCUCCAGGCUUUCAGGCUUUAACUGUGUCAGACAUUUGUUACAAUCACAUUGUUUUGAGGCAAGCGAGACACCCUGGGUGGUUUAAGGGAUUUGAAUACAUGAGCUGCGUUACUUGGGUGCACCUCCCAGGUGCCAAUUGCCCUUCCUGAGCUGUAGAUGCCCCUACUUGGACCAGUUUAUUCUGCCUCCCGGUGAAAUAUUGAUAAGGUUGCGUGCUAAUUGAAGAUGCUGUUGGAGAUUAGGUCCAAGCCUGCCUGUCUGGGAGCUGUGCCUGGCAGAGGAGGUGCCCAGUGGGCUGGAGUGCCCAGGGUGGGGGAUUUCAGGUGCUGCUAGCAAGCGGUUGCUGGAUGAGCUACAUAAGCAGCUUAUUUUGUCAUUUUAAUUUUUUAAUCCCAUGCAUUUGGUCGCGCUCUCUUAUUAGUAAGCAUUAGCUCUCCAAGUCCCAUUAGCUCCGCUGAGAGCUGAGGCUUUGCCUAUGGGGACAGUGGUGGAGGAGCCAACAGGGGUCUGGGGGUUCUGAUCCUGCAGCUGGUGACAUCUGUGGUGUCCCAUGUGAAUGUGGGUCCAACCCUGGCCCUGAAGACCCAUCACAGCUCAGUCCUUUCCUCCACUGCACCCCUGUCCCCUUCCCAAGCCCCCAGCAGCCCCAGCUCCCUCCAGAACCAAUCCCAGCCUGGGGCUGGCUCUGUUUGGUCUCUCCCUGCUUUAUUAAGGCAACUAUUUCCUUGCAUGUAAAUACACACACUACAUUCAAACCCUCUCUCUCCACAAGGUUUUCCCUUUAACCCCACGGCCAUCCCCAGGGCUGUACUUUGUUAGAGGAUCUCAAGUGUCGGAUUUAAAAUUAGUUGACUGCUUCUCUUUAAUAAAAUUAUUCCUGCCCUCUUUAAAUAGCACAAUAUGUCACAGAAAGCCGGUGGGUCCGUUCAUGAAGAUGAGGCAGCUCAGAGAGGAAAAAGAGAUGGGAAAAAAAAAAAAAAAAGUAAAACCAUACAUCUCCCCAAACCCCUUCUGCCUAAUCCAACUGAAUUAGAGGAUUUCGAAGUGGAUUUAAAACUAAAUCUUGAUUAGGGAGAAUUUCUCUCCAAGAGCUGCUGCACGGUGGUAUUAAUGGGAAGUGAUCGUGGACAGAGGAAAUAGGACAGAAAUAACUGAGGGUAGCACAUACGCACUCAGGUCUGUGCAUGGACUGAAAGAGUCAGAGAAUUUCUCAGGAGGAAAAGGGAGAAAUUAAGCACCGACAUAAGGAGACUGGGUGCCACGGGGCUGGCUGGAGAAGCUUGGAGCAGCCAGAGCCCUGCUGCACCGACGGCAUCUCCCUUUAUCCCGGCGGGGAGGUUUGCAGGUGGAGAGGAGGCGACGAGCACGGCUGGGGAAAAGAGCUUGGAGGAGAGGAGACCUCUGCCCACUCCCCCAGACCCCGGUGUUCAUCCUCUGAGCCCUGGGUGGACUCCAGGAGCUGACCCCCAUGCUCUGCAGACACAUGCCUGGAGGUGCCCAUGGGAUCCUCUCUCUGAUGACCGUGGUGUUCGUCCUUCCAGAGGUGUCUGGACUCCAGUGCUAUGGCUGCAACAUCGUGGUUGGCACCAAAAACGUGGACAUGGGGUGCUCUAACCCCGAGGUGAUCACCUGCUCCCAGUCCCACCAGGGCUUCAAGCACCGGUUCUGCAUUAAGACAGAGAGCGUGGUCCUGGGCAUCCUGCUGACCAGCGGCUGUGCCACCUCCCGCCACUGCCAGCAGCAGGAGCUGCCGGGCGUCCGCAUCCACUGCUGCCACACCGACCUCUGCAAUGGCUCCCCCAGAGCCCCCCGGCCGCCCCCCGGCCUGGCGGGCGGCCACCUCCUGCUGCCCUGCGUCCUUGCUGCCCUGCUCCUCUCCUGAGCGCCCCGGGGCUUGGGGGGAUGCGGGGGAUCCUCGUGGGAUGGGUGCUGGGAGCAGGGAUGCCCCCAUCGCUGCUCCUGCGGGCGGGCAGGACGCCCUCCUCUCCCCU